AUGAACAGGAUGACGUGGUUUGAGAAGGGAGCCAAACAACUUCGAGGUAUGUUCAAAUCAGAAAACAGUUUAAUAUUCAACGAUAACCUGGAAACUGUCCAACAAUACAGAGAAAGAUGGAGAUCAAUUCACAUAAUAUAUUUCACCAUGUUUUUGAUAUCUUUAGGAUUCAGUAUUAUUGUCACUGGAGUUUGGCCAUACUUGGACAAAAUGGAUCCGACAGCAGGAAAAGAAUUCAUGGGCUUCGUAGUAGCUGCAAACCCUUUCGCCCAGAUGAUAUUCUCGCCUCUUGUAGGGUGGUGGAGUAAUAAAUUGGGUUCAAUACGGGUUCCCAUGAUAUUUUCUCUGCUUCUCUUCACGAUAGCUAGUGCAAUGUACUCAUCAUUGGAGUUAUUUUCUAGUCAUAGAAAACACUGGAUGUUAUGGUCCAGAUUUCUAGUUGGAGUAAGUUCAGCCAACAUUGCUGCUUGUCGCUCCUACCUCUCUGCUGCCACGAGAUACUCGGAACGAACAAAAGCCGUCUCCAUGAUAUCCUUAGCACAGGUGCUGGGGUUUGUCAUCGGUCCGGCCAUCCAGGCAGCAGUAGUGCCCCUAGGAGGAGAAGGCACCUGGCUCAUCAAAAACCAUCUGAAGCUAAAUAUGUACACGGCUUCUGGAUGGAUCAAUGUGUUCCUGUCCUUACUCAAUAUCUACCUUUUCUUUCCUAAAGUGUUCAAGGAACAUAGAAUAGCUGUCAAGGAAGCUAUGUUGAAGCACGGAAAGAAUAAUGUACAUGAAACUUGGAAGGAGGAGACCCCAAAUUAUUUUUCGGCUUGGUCUUUAAUCGUUGCGUUUUUCGUAAUUGUUUUCAAUUUCAUGCUGUUGGAGACUCUCGCGACACCUGUGACAAUGGAUCAGUUUGGGUGGUCGAAAAGUGAGUCAUUAUGGUACAUGGGAAUCUUGAUGUCAGUCGGUGCCAUUUUAGCAAUAGUUACUUUCGCAUCUAUUGCACCCCUAUCACGAAGAUUUCCAGAAGUUAAAAUCAUGAUAUGGGGUGGAUUCUUUUUCAUGGUAUUAGGAAGGAUAUUAUUUAUACCGUUUUAUGGUAACCCUCCCAAAACUUACGAUGCUGUGUUCAAGUUGAACUUGACAAUAUAUUGUGAUAUGGCCUCAAGAAAUGAGACUUAUGGUAUGGAUUUUCAUCAUUUGAAUGAGACAUUGAGAUCAUAUGACCGAUUUCUGAACCCGGCAUCGGUACGAAAUGAAACUGCUGUCAGAAUUUCCACACUUAGCUGUGGAGAAGAUCUUCUAGGAUGUCCAAAUAGUCAAGAAUGGUGUGCAUAUACGCCACGAUUGAAGCUGUCACAGUUUCUAUUGGGAUAUUUCUUGACUGCGUUCGGAUAUCCUAUUGGGGUGACGUUGAUUCAGACGAUAUUCUCCAAGUUAUUAGGAUCUCGUCCACAGGGUGUUUGGAUGGGUCUCAUGACUGGUUCUGGGUGCCUUUCCAGGGUAAUGGGACCAGUAUUCGUAACAUACAUCUAUGAAGAAUAUGGCACAAUUUGGACUUUCACACUUACAACAGUUAUGAUGGCAGGUUGCCUUAUUUGGUUGCUCUCAUUCCAGGAGAUUUUGAAUCCUAUUGAUGUCAAACCAACCGUUGAAGACGAAGGCCAGGAAUUGAAGGAAAUUACUAGAUUCGUUUCAGUUGAUUUGAACGAAAUCGAGCAGCAAGACUGAUAAAUACAUAUAUAUUUUUUAAAUAUAUUUCGAAUUAUAUAAGAGUUUCCGGCCUGAAUCAGAAUACUCCAGACUGACUUAGUUUCCAAUGAUUGAACUUGUAUUGUGAACUGAUAUUAAAAUACAGUGUACCUACUUAUUGUACCUG